AUGGCAACAGUCGUCCCACCACUACCCUUGGUGCCAUUGCACUUUGGGACCAACCUCACCGCUCCGUCUUCGGCAGUACCCUCUGGCCGAGAUACCUUCUCUUUCCCCCUCCCCCUCUCCGUCCAAACAUGGGCUGUGCAGAUGGUCGUCUUCCACGCCGUCGGACUACUCUUCGAGGCAAUGGACCAUGUCCCCGCCUUGCGUUCUUCCAAAGUGCGCGCCACCCGCAAAAGCCAAUACAUGCACCUUCUCCCCAACGUGCUUCGUAACCAGAUCCUCGUCCUCCUUCCAUUCAUGUUUUUGAUGGAGGUUUUCGGCCUCGCGUUCGUCGGCCCCUCUCUCCACCCCAUUAGGUUUCUCGUCAACCUGCCCCUCAUGGCGCUCGGUCACGAAAUCAUCCAAUACGUUGGCCACAGAUACAUCCUGCACGCGCCGAAUGUCUUCCUGAUGAAAUUCCUCCGGCACUCGGUACACCACUCCACGCGCGCCAGCUCGGCCAUCAGCGCAUGCUACAUGUCCCCCAUCGACUUUUUUAUUGAGAUCGGCUGCCCGUACCUCGUCCCUCUUUCUCUUGUUGGCGGCGGUGGGUCUGGCCGUUUCUUCCACUUCCUCAUCGCCGGCGCCGGCGCCAUUGGAGGCCUGUACGAACACUCGGGAUACGACUUUGCCGUCUCGUUCCGGCCCAAAUUCGAGAACCUCGGCGAGAAACCCAUGUCUGAACAAGAGAAGGAGACGGCAUACAAACUCCUCGAGCGGCCAUCAUUCGUCACAACCUUCCUCGCAGACUUCCUCGAUAACCGCGCACACCUCGAACACCACAUGCGCGGCUACGUGAGCUUUUCCGACGGCUUCGGAUCGCCCAGUAUCCUCGACACCCUCCUCCGCACAAAGUGGGACCUCAGCGACCGACGCCGCGCAGACGUCGAGCGCGAGUGGGCCCGCCAGCACCGCGAUGAGUAG